GACAGCAAGAGUUCUUUGGAGAAAGUACUCUCGCAGCUGAAAUGCCAUUUCACUUGGAAUUUAUUUGAUGAAAAAAGAAUCCCAAAUGAUUUGGAAAGUGGGGUGCUUGACCAGAUCAGCACCUUAAAUACUGAGUUCAAAGCUACAAUGUGCAACCUAUUGGCCUACAUAAAACACUGCAAGGGCCAAACCGAGACAGCCCUGGAAUGCCUAAAGCAAGCGGAAAAGUUCAUCCAGCAAGCCCACGCUCAUCAAGCAGAACUCAGAAGUCUGGUCACCUGGGGAAACUAUGCCUGGGUCUACUAUCACUUGGGAAGACUCUCAGAAGCUCAGAAUUAUGUAGACAAGGUGAAACAAGUAUGUGAGAAGUUUUCAAACCCUGACAGUAUUGAGUGUCCUGAGGUGUAUGGCGAGGAAGGGUGGACACGGUUAAAGUGUGGAGAUAAGCAAAAUCAAAAGGCAAUAGAUUGUUUUGAGAAGGCUCUGGAAAUGAAACCAGAGAACCCAGAAUUCACCAAUGGGCUUGCAAUUGCCACUUAUCGUCUGGAUGAGAGUCUACCGUGCGAGAAUCUCAUUGACCGUCUGCAUGAAGCCAUUAGAUUGAAUCCUGACAACCAGUAUGUUAAAGUCCUCCUGGCUCUGAAACUGCAAAGGAUGAAUGAAGAAGAUGAAGGAGAGAGGUUAGUUGAAGAGGCCUUGGAGAAAGCCCCACGGGCAACAGAUGUGAUUCGCCAGGCAGCUAAGUUUUAUCGAAGCAAAGGGAACCUGGACAAAUCUAUAGAACUGCUAAAAAAGGCUUUAGAAAACAUGCCUGACAAUUUCCACUUGCACUUUUAUAUUGGUAGUUGCUAUAGACAAAAAGUCCUACAGAAAGUUCCAGAAAAGAAGAAAAUGUCUGAUGAGGAAAAAAAGAAGUUUAGGAAACUAAUAGAACAAGGUGUGUCUCAUUUAAAGAGAUCUAAUAAGAUCAAUGGAAAUUACCUCAAUACAUGCCGUUAUAUUGCUCACCUCUACAUACAAGCAGGACAAUAUGAAAAAGCAGAUUAUUACUUUCGGGAAGAGUUCACCAAGGACCUUACUCCAAGAGCCAAACAAAGGGUCCAUCUGGAUUAUGGCAACUUUCAGUUGCAUCAAAUGAACUGUGAACACGAGGCCAUCCAGCAUUAUAAGGAGGGUGUGAAAAUCCAUAAGGAAUCAAAUGAGAGAGAAAAGAUGAAAAAUAACCUGCAAAAUAUUGCUGAUAAGAGGCUUUCUGUAAACCGAGCAGAUGCGAAGGCUUUGGGCCUUUUAGAAUUCCUUCAGGAGCAGGUUGGAGAAACGCAGCAGACACUUGACAACUCUGAGAGGCGGGACUCCGGAAGCCUCAUCCCAUCAGCAUCUUUAGCUGAGAAAUGA